CGCAAAUAAUUAAUAUUAUAGAAUAAAACUAAUUAUUAUCUAAGAGGAUCCUUUGCUUGCCAUUGGAGAAAUAAAACAUUUUGGAAUGUAUAUUAAAGAGGAAGAGUCUACCAUUCUUGGUACAUCUCUUUGGACACUAGAGGCAGAGCAAAAGUUCUAAAACUGCCGGUUGUCGAGAGCUUUUAAGUAUUUACCAUCUCAGUUCAGUCACGGGAUGGAAUCUGGUAUUGAUAGAUUAAUCCAAUCCAACUUAAGGCUGUUGUAUAUAUAAAGUUCCUGAGCGAUUACGCGAGCUGAACGAAAAGGCCUACACCCCUCGUGUAGUCUCCGUAGGCCCAAUUCACCAUGGUAAAGAUAUGCUAAAAGCCAUGGAAGACCACAAAAGAAUGUACCUGCAAGAAUUCAUUGCCCGGAGCGGGGUAAGCGUGCAGGAUUUUAUUGAAUUGAUCAAGGAGAAGGAAACAAGAUUGCGUAAUUGCUAUGCGGAAACCAUCGCGUUUAGUAGCGAAAACUUCAUAAAAAUGAUAUUAAUGGAUGCUGCCUUCGUCAUUAUGUUAUUGCUGAAGUGGACUUACACAGACUUCAGAGGAAGCAGAGACAGCAUUUUCUAUCCUCCAUACAAGAGUGUAGAUGUAAGGGUUGAUAUCUGUUUGCUUGAAAAUCAGCUCCCGUUCUUCAUCCUCGACGAGUUGUCUAGACUAUCCACUAUAAUCGGCAAUUCUCCAAAAGCUACUCUGAUUGAGCUUACUCAUUGGUUCUUUUCAUGUGAAUCGGGUCCAUGGGCAGUAUGGGAAAAUUUGGGGAGUAUAGAAAUCUCCGAAGUGAAACAUUUGGUUGACUUUCUUACAAUUUAUCAUCGGCCAACUGAACAGCAACCGAUUGAGGAACUUGAGGUUCUAACCGCACCCAGUGUAAAGGAUCUCCACCAAGCAGGUGUCGAGUUUGUGCUGAGCUCAAGCAAAAAUCUUCUUGACAUAAAAUUCGAUAGAAAUAAAGGGAGACUAGAAAUUCCACGAUUAAAGUUAGAUGGCAGAACAGAAAUCAUAAUCAGGAAUAUGCAAGCCUUUGAGCAGUGCCAUGGCGUGAAACAUGGUUAUGUUGGUGACUAUAUCUGUUUGAUGGGUUUCUUUGCCAGUGCCAGUAAGGAUGUGGAAAUACUUGUUGAAAAUCGUAUUAUAGAAAACUGGCUAUCAUCUAAUGAGGAAGUUGUACAACUCUUUCACAAUCUCCAGAAAGAGAAUUUAGUGUGGCCAGAUGGUUUUCUCUUUGAAGGUCUCAUUAAAGAUCUGAAUGCAUUCUGCGAAAGGCCAUGGAACAACUGGAAGGCGACUUUAAAGCAAAAUUAUUUCAAUACCCCAUGGGCAGCAAUCUCUGUCUCAGGAGCUGUUAUUGUUCUCAUUCUGACUGCCAUACAAUCCGUCUGCUCGAUACUUCAAGUCGUUUAGCUUCUGCAGUUUCAAUUCUUUCAUACCGCAUGUUGCAUUAAUUGUACCCAUAAUCCUUGUUCUCUUCUUUCUUUUGUUCUUCUAAAUGACAAAGUUGUGUCAGUAGAAAUUCCAAGCAA